GCGCCAUAUUGACAGCGGGUGCUCGGCAGUGGUCGUGGCGGCUAGUUUUCUUCCUCGAGGAAAGUCUCGGUUUAGGUCUCCACUCUUCCCUGUGUCCCGCAGGUUGGGACUUCGUAUCACUCUGGAGAAAGCCUCAGUCUCUUAACUUGGCAUUCAAGGCUUUGCGUGGGAAUUUUAUAAAGUUCAGAAAACAUGUCGCGAAGAUAUGACUCCAGGACAACCAUAUUUUCUCCAGAAGGUCGCCUGUAUCAGGUUGAAUACGCCAUGGAAGCUAUUGGACACGCAGGCACCUGCUUGGGAAUUUUAGCAAAUGACGGUGUUUUGCUUGCAGCAGAGAGACGCAACAUCCACAAGCUUCUUGAUGAAGUCUUUUUUUCUGAAAAAAUUUAUAAGCUGAAUGAGGACAUGGCCUGCAGCGUGGCAGGUAUCACUUCUGAUGCUAACGUUCUCACUAAUGAGCUGAGGCUCAUUGCUCAAAGGUAUUUACUGCAGUAUCAGGAACCAAUUCCUUGUGAGCAGUUGGUCACAGCACUGUGUGAUAUCAAACAAGCUUAUACACAGUUCGGAGGAAAACGUCCCUUUGGUGUUUCGUUGCUGUACAUCGGCUGGGAUAAGCACUAUGGCUUUCAGCUCUACCAGAGUGACCCGAGUGGGAAUUACGGAGGAUGGAAAGCCACAUGCAUUGGAAACAACAGUGCUGCAGCUGUGUCAAUGUUAAAACAGGACUACAAAGAAGGAGAAAUGACUUUGAAGUCCGCCCUGGCUUUAGCUAUCAAAGUCCUAAAUAAGACCAUGGAUGUGAGUAAACUGUCUGCUGAAAAAGUGGAGAUUGCCACCCUAACAAGAGAGAACGGGAAGACGGCCAUCAGAGUCCUCAAACAGAAAGAAGUGGAGCAGCUGAUCAAAAACCAUGAGGAGGAAGAAGCGAAAGCCGAGCGGGAGAAGAAGGAAAAAGAGCAGAAAGAGAAGGAUAAAUAGAAGGAGAACCCAGGGCUUUUGUAGCUCACGUGGGGCCAUUUCAGAGUCCUCGCCAUCCUUCUUUGCACCCUGAGAAAGCCCUCACUUGUUCUCGCUUGUGUGGGGAGACGUGGGUGGCACCAACUGCAUCGAGUCCUUGCCGUCUCUGUCCACUUGAAUCCUGUAGCGGCGAUGAUUGGUCGUGGGCACCCUCGUCCCUCCUUGUUUUGGGUAAUAAAACUUGGAAAGAA